AUGAAAACAUCUAAGCAUCCCCUGCAGCAACUGUGCAAUCGCUUGAAAGAAAAAGAAUUAAAUUUAAUACCAUUCAGUAAAAGAUCAAAUAAGCCCAUUAUACUUCACCAAGAAAUUGCAAUGUAUUUGCCAGGCUAUCCAAAUUGCACUUUUUUUAAAAGAUUGCAAAUUGGAAAUUUUGAGCUUAGUUUGCAUCCAAAAAAUAAUUGCGUUUUGUUGCAUAAUGAAACUUUCGUAUUUAUAGAUAAAAUCUACACAGAUAAUUCAACAAAUGAAAUAUUUGUUUCAGGAACAAAUGCACAAAAUGUUAAUUCAUACUAUGAAAGUCCAUGCUCCUCCACAAUUUUUAAUAUAAGCAUAGUAACAAACAUCUCAAAGAAAAGUCAAAAUUAUAAAAUAUGUGAGAUCAAAGGAAAAUGUUUUCAUUUCCAAACUGUGGAUGGUAUUGAAUGGUCUAUUGUUAAAUUUCUUUGUGAUGACAAAAUAUCACAUGUUCCAUCAACAUGGCUGUCCAUCCACAAUCUGAAGGAAAACAACAUUGCUCUUUGCUUCUGGCCUAGAAAAAAUGCAGGCAAAAAAAUUAUUGGUCGAUCGAUUCCUGAUUCUGAAAGUUGGGACAAACUGGAAGUGGUUAUUCUAAAACAAACUGAUUCAUAUUCAGAAGCAAGAGAAUACAUAAGACUAAUGUCUGAAGGAGAAAGUGCACCAGAAACAAAUAAGCCCUUGGGAAAGGGCCAUAGGAAAGCCAAAAAACGUCCUUUUUUAUUUAAUGACUCUGAUGAUAGUGAGAGUGAUGUAACAGGGGUAAUUACACCGCCUCCAACUAUAGAGUCCCCAAAAAUUAGAAAAGUGAAUAAUUCUGAACCAAACAAUAACAGUACCAAUAAGAAAAUAGAGUCGUUCUCAUCUCAAAAAGCAAAUAAAUCAUUUGAUUCCCAAACAAGUACAACAAUCAUUCGCACAGUUUCAACUGAAAUGGCAUCAAAUGUUAUUACUUCAUUAACCUCAGUGAGUGCCAUCAACAAGGAAAACAAUAAUAAUCAUAGCUUGGUUCCAUCAGCUGCCCCGUCACAUUGUAGUUGCAACUGCCAAGAAUCUCCAUUAAUUAAAUCAAUUUUAAGCAAUACUGUUGCAAUUAGAACAAUGUUGGAGAGGCUAACUUCAGAUGAAACAAUGAGAAAAAAUGAUGACAUAAUUACCGAUUUUGACUUGGUACCUAAGAAACCAUUCUCAAAGUUCAAAAAGUUGAAAGAGUUUGAUGAAAAACUAAAGACUGACAAAAGUGUAGAACGCCAGAAUGAAACUGCUCUGUUCUUGCUUGGAGGGUCAAGUUACAAAGAAUUAAUAAGAAGAGACCUAAAAAAAAUAUUCACGGACAAAUUGGCUACAAAAUGUAGCUGGACAGGCCGUAAAAAUAAUUUUCCUCUUCAUAAUUUGAAAAUACUGGAUGUUCUUAAAAUAGCUACAAGAAAAAAAAUUGGUAGUACUACGGAUGCCGAAUUUCAAGCAGAAGUGGGUUUGUGGUUCAGGCAAGGAAAGCUGAGAUUUGAAAGAUCGCUAGCAGCAGUAAACAAAGAAAACCAAAACCGGGCUGCCACUGUGGAAGGAAUGGAAUAA